UUCAUAAACAGCAAAGCCCGGGCACUCAGCAGGGGGAGCCGAGCCGAGGUUCAUGAGUUCUUGAGCCAAUUUUUUUAUAGAUACAAAAGACUCUUCAAAAGAAGCAGGCUGCCUGUUUGGGCAUCACCAUCAGGCUUUGAGAAUGACUGUUGCGCAAAGGUUAAUCCUUCUGCUGACCCUCUGCUGCUAUGGUUCAGGCCAGAUGCCUGGAGGAAGAGGCGGAGACCUUUCGCCCCAGAUGCUGUCGGAGAUGAGGGAGACCAACCAGGUCCUGAGGCAGAUCACGGAACUGCUGAAACAGCAGAUCAAGGAGCUCACCUUCUUGAAGAACACAGUGAUGGAGUGUGAUGCUUGCGGGAUAGGUACAGGAGCAACCGGUCCCGGCAUCAGCGUGGCGGCUCUUAAGCGCUGCUACCCGAAUCCUUGCUUCCCCGGGGUUACCUGCACAGACACCCCCACCGGCUUCCGCUGCGGGGCCUGUCCUCUGGGCUACACGGGCAACGGGACCCACUGCACCGACAUCGACGAGUGUGCGGCAAACCCCUGCUUCCCCAGGGUCCAGUGCGUCAACACAGCCCCGGGCUUCCACUGCAACUCCUGCCCUCCUGGCUACAGCGGCCCCGUACUUGAAGGAGUCGGUCUGGCUUUCGCCAGGGCAAACAAGCAGGUCUGCAAUGAUGUCAACGAGUGCGAGACGGGGAUGGCCAAAUCCUGUGUCCCCAAUUCCAUCUGCAUCAACACUCGGGGCUCCUACAAGUGUGGGGCGUGCAAGCCUGGCUUCACAGGGGACCAGGUUUCUGGCUGCCGCAGCAAGAUGGAGAAGAGGUGUCCCAAUGGAGAGCUCAGCCCCUGCCACGAGAAAGCGGACUGCAUUGUGGAACGCGAUGGAACACUCAGCUGUGUGUGCAUGGUUGGGUGGGCCGGUAAUGGCUUCAUCUGCGGCAAAGACACCGACAUUGACGGCUUUCCCGACGAGAAGCUUCGGUGCACAGACAAGAAGUGCCGCAAGGAUAACUGUGUGACUGUCCCCAACUCCGGGCAAGAGGAUGCGGACAGAGAUGGGGUGGGGGACGCCUGCGAUGACGACGCCGACGGCGAUGGGAUAAUAAACACUGAGGACAACUGUGUGUUUGUGCGCAACUCAGACCAGCGCAACAGCGACCAGGACAGCUUUGGCGACGCCUGCGACAACUGCCGGAACGUGAAGAACAACGACCAGCGAGACAGUGACGGAGACGGACGGGGGGACUUGUGCGACGAUGACAUGGACGGAGACAGGGUUAAAAAUGUCCUGGACAACUGCAUGAGGAUCCCCAAUCCAGACCAGAGGGACAGCGACGGUGACGGGGUUGGAGACGUUUGCGACAGCUGCCCCUUGAUUAGCAACCCGGACCAGAAAGACACUGACCACGAUCUCGUCGGGGAUGUGUGUGAUACCAACCAAGACCGAGAUGGGGACGGCCACCAGGACUCCAGGGACAACUGCCCCUCGGUGCCCAACAGCUCCCAGCUGGACUCUGACCAGGACGGGAUCGGGGACGAAUGCGAUGAGGAUGAUGACAACGACGGCAUCCCUGACCGCAGGCCCCCUGGCCCAGACAACUGCCGCUUGGUCCCUAAUCCCGGGCAGGAAGAUACAGACAGAGACGGCAUUGGAGAUGCCUGCCAGGGCGACUUCGAUAAGGACAUGGUGGUUGACCGCAUAGACGUCUGCCCAGAGAAUGCCCAGGUGACGCUGACCGACUUCCGGGCGUUUCAGACGGUGGUGCUGGAUCCCGAGGGAGACGCGCAGAUCGAUCCCAACUGGGUCGUCCUCAACCAGGGAAUGGAGAUUGUUCAGACCAUGAACAGCGACCCAGGUUUGGCAGUCGGGUACACCGCAUUCAACGGGGUGGACUUCGAGGGCACCUUCCACGUGAACACAGCCACGGACGAUGACUACGCCGGCUUCAUCUUCGGCUACCAGGACAGCUCCAGCUUCUACGUGGUGAUGUGGAAGCAGAUGGAGCAGACCUACUGGCAGGCGAACCCCUUCAGGGCUGUGGCGGAACCGGGGAUCCAGCUCAAGGCAGUGAAGUCCAAGACAGGCCCUGGAGAAUACCUCCGCAACUCCCUCUGGCACACGGGAGACACAGCCAACCAGGUCAAGCUGCUCUGGAAAGACCCUCGCAAUGUCGGCUGGAAGGACAAGACCUCCUACCGCUGGUUCCUGCAGCACCGGCCCCAGGUGGGCUACAUUCGGGCUCGCUUCUACGAAGGCCCUGAGCUGGUGGCAGACACAGGCGUCGUCCUUGACACCACGAUGAGAGGCGGGCGCUUGGGGGUCUUCUGUUUUUCCCAGGAGAACAUCAUCUGGUCCAACCUGCGGUAUCGCUGCAACGACACGAUUCCAGAGGACUACGAAUCUUACCGGAACCAGCAAGACUACUAAGCGCCUUUUAGGGUUGGCCCAAGACUCACAUACUCACCCCUCUGCUUCCUGCUCUUUUUACGAUAUAUCGAAUUAUGGACAGUCCCGCAACACCUUGCAGCAGCCGCCCAGCCACCCUCUGGCAUCGCUGUGCCCCCUUUUCCCUAGUAACCGGAAGCCCCCUUGGAAUCACUCACUAGCCAUGAACAUGCUGAAUGUUCUGCACCGUGCAGAAGAGCAGCAGCUAAUCCAGUAGUUCCAGCAGAGGCGCUUGAGAACAUGGAGGGGAGAGGUGGCCAGGAGAAGCUCUCCAAGAACUCCAAAGCACUCACCAGCAGAGGGAGGCUGCUUCCUUCUGCUCCACCCCUAGGUAAGGGGUUCGGGUCCAAUGUCAAGAAAGUGGGGCAGACCGUUGCAUCCCUGCAUGAAUCACUGUCCAGGCACAGAUCAGAGAUUCAUGCAAAAACAGGGUGGGGUGGUGAGACGUCCCUCUUGAGAAAUGGUCAUAUUCUUGCAAGUAACCAAUUUUGAGGAAAUAUAUGACUGAACCAGCUUUAAAUUGGACAGGGAGGGAAAUGUGUACCGAGCUAAUCCAACUUGGCCUGCUCUGGCAUCCUGCAAGAGAGAUGCCCCUGCUUUGGCUCAAUCCUCAGCGCCUUGAGGUUCAAGCGAUGAGAAGCCUGGUGAGCGGCUGCCAGUGUGAGCAGGUGACCCUGGGUAAACGUGGCACAGGGCUUCCUCCCAAACCCAGUUGCACGCUCAUUCCUCGGCCCUGAAUCCUUGGCGCAUUAAAGACAGGUAAUGAAAUGCGCACCUUCU